UGCCCGACAGUGACAUUUAGUGUUCUUUGUGCCCACCACCAUGGCGAAAGGUAAAAAGAAGGGCAAGAAGAAGAAAGCGCCCAAAAUCGACCCAAAUGCCUUAACCGAAGUCGAUAAAACCUUCUACGAAUUGACCAUAACCGAUUUAAACCGCAAAUUGGCCCGUUUGAGGAGUUUAACCACCGAACUUGAGGAGAAAAAUGAAGAAUUACAAACGAAUUUGUCCAAAUUGGAUGAAGAUCGCAACGAUAUUAUCAUCUACCUCAAGCGGAUGCUUCAAGAACGCUCUGAUGAAAUCGCCGAGCUUCAGGAACGUCUCCGGGCCUUGGAGGAAACACGUCAAGAUGAAACGGAAAAAUAUGAGACAAAAAUCGCCGAUUUGGAGGCCGAAUACAAGCAAAUGCACGAACAAUUAACCAGCGAAAUUAAGUUACUUGAAGGUAAAUUAAACUCAUUGGAGGAAUUUCGCAUUCAAAGGGAUGAACUCAUGAAAAAGUUUGAGGAUCAGGAAACUGCAAUGGAAGAACAGGAGAAACGCCACAAAAACGAGUUGUAUGACAUUGAACGUAAAUUUAUCAUCGGGAAAGAUAAGCUGAAAAAAGAUAUGGAAGCACGACUCCUGCAAUUAUCAUCGGAAUUUCAGGAAGCAACUGAACUGAGAAUUGCUGCAACCACACACAGGGUUAUUAGAGAAAAUAUCGCGAUUAAUAAUGAACUAGACGCAAUGCUUAUCACACACCAGAAACUCUACUCUGAAAAUGCCACAAUGAAAGACCGGGAUCGCACCCUAAGACAAGAAACUGAACUUCAUGAAGCUGAAAAAAACAAAGCUUUGAGUAAAGUCCGAGUCCAGUUGAAACUAAUCGAACGAUUAACCACCGAACACGAAGAUAUGAAACAAAAAUUGAUGAAAUAUCAAAGUGUUGAGCAAGAAAUGCAUGAAACUUCUGAACAACUCCUGAAAACACAACAAGACGUGCUUUGUCUCAAUCACAAAAUCAAGCUUUUACAACAAAAUAUUCACGCAUUGAAAUGUCGAGAAACCUCACUCAAGACUGAGUUAAGUAAUCUUGAUUUUGAUAAUGAUCGAUUGACUACAGUUCUUGCACAAGCUGUUUUAUCAAUUAAAGAAGUUUUGGAGUUGAAAAGUAGAGUGUCAGAUGAGGCGUUGAAAGCCUCAAAACGGGAAAAUCUCCUAACUCAACUUUUUAUUUUAUUGAGUGAAGCUGAAGGAAAAAAAGAUCGGAAACCCUCAUUGGACACUGUUGGUUCAAUUUCAACCUACGAAAGAGGUGAUCUUGGUUUUGUGCCAAAACCAUUAACUCGACGCUCGACUUUGUCCACUCUUCGAGACAUCCAAGCUCAGACUGGGCCCAGUUUUGAGGAGUUUCUAGCGAUUGGGAAAGAGGAGGAGCUUGUGCAACAAGAGACGUCUUUGAUAAGUUCCGAGGAAGAGUCUAAAGGGAGCGAAGGAACGUUUGUUGAGGAAGAAAGUGAUGUUUUCUUCAAUGAAGAGGAGGAUGCUGUUGAGGAUUCUUUGCUAGAGUUUGAUGAAUUAUCGGAUGAAGCUCGUGAAGUAGCUGCAACUAAAACUGCAAGUGAAUUAAUCGUUGAAAGUGCACUAAGUAGUGCCUCCAUUGCGAAGAAAUUGUCUGGUACUGGUACCAAAAGCAAAUCAAGGAGCAGAAUUUCUUUCAAAGAAAAAGGUUUGGGUGAGACUAGUCGCGAAGCUUUGGCGUCUACUGAAAAAUUACGAAGAGUGUCGAUUGGGGAAACUACUGAAAUGGUCAUUCCUGAAAGUGGAGCAGAAACUGCUGAAACAACUGCUUCUGAACCAUCCACAUGAUUAUUUGGCUUUUUUCAAAUAAAUGUGUUGUAAUAAAAUUGACAAAUUUUUUCGA